ACGGAACGAAAACAUAUAGGUUGCUUGGUAGAAGCGCUGUCUCGCUUCAACCGGACUUAGUCCUCUUUUUUGAACGAAAAAUCCAUGUAUUUUGGUUCCAAUGGGACAUCAAUGGAUACUAUCUUAUACAAGACUUAAAACACAGAAAGAUUAUAUUUCAUGGAUAAGAUACUGUGAAGAAAUCAACUGUUUUAAUUACAUCAGCAGAAACCGAUCAAGUGUGUACAAACUUUCGAAGGUAUCCGAAUUCAUCUCUAAAAACAGUUAUUCACGAGUUUUCUUGGUUCAAUCCUGAAAGUAUCUCCAAGACGUCCAACAAAGUACAAAAAGGUACUCCAUACCUCAAGUGAGAAUUUCGGCAAUUAUUGAUCAAUUAGUUCUCAUUGCUAAUGAAUUACGCUGUGAAUUAUCAUAAAAACUGUGUGUAAAAAGCCGACAAAAUGACGACGAAUCCUGCUUUGGCAGAGCUAGAAAGUACAGCGGACGUUGGGGAAGCCAAACGCGAUCUAGUUCUAAGGUUCGUUCGGGACCAAGAAUCGUUACAGACGUCCCAGGUUGAGCUGAAACUCGUCGAUGACGAUACGAUCGAUUUGAUUGACUCAGCUUUCACUGCUAAUGAGAUAGCUCUACAGAAAAACAACGAACAAAUAAACACUGAUGUAAAAAAUAACGAGGAUUUAUUGAGAACUGGAGUAUCUGGGCUUACGCUUGAUGAUGAUGGUGGUGAAGCCAAGGGGCUGGCAAUUAGUGAUAUGGAACAAGUGCCUCGUCCACCAUCGGGACGACCACAAUCAAGAAAAGCCCAUAGGAAAAGGAGCUCCGAAUUCAAAGAAAAGCGAAAGAUUUCUUAUUCGAGUCGAAUAAACGACAUCGAGAGGUUUUCCAAUAAUAGUCCUAUGUCACCCUUCCCCGUGGACGCCUAUGGUAGCUUAAAUCAACCCCAUCAGCAUGUCGUACAGCCAGAUUUCGACUCUAAUUCAGCUUUGAACUCUUCUUGGCCACAGCAAAUCUUGUCUAGAAAGUCAAGCGCUGGUUCGAGCUAUCGAAAACACGCUCUUCAUACACCAGAAAAACAUCUUUUUUUCGAGGGCGCAGAAAACGUUUAUCCUCAUGAAACAAGACCGACAUCGUCACAAAAUUUCCAGCGUCUCGCCAGUGGUGAAGCGCUUAUGGCCGCGCGCGUUCGCAAGCAUUCCGCUAACGAAAGAAUCACGUGCAAUAUAAAUCAAAUGAUGGACUCCCCGAUUCACCAUUCGAGAAGCUCAAGUCCUACUAAAUCUACGAGGCGUUUAACAAGUAGAGGCAGAACUCUAAUAAAUUUGGGGUUAGAACCUGUGGAUCCGAGCGAAAUUCCGAUACUAAGAGCUGCAUCGGCUGGGAAAGCUGCUUCGCUUAGUGGUCCGUACGCCCUCGUACAGUUGCCUCCUAUAUCGCGAGAGACGCCCACGGCUAUGCCACCGUUCAGCUAGCCCAAGACACAGUACCCAAGAAGGACCAAAAUCGUAGGAUCAUUUAUUUCCCAUCACACGGAAAUGGAAGUAUAUAUACUAUAUAGAGUCAGUAGGAAUACCGAUGCGCAAGAUACAGACCCGCUUGCAUGUGCGAAGAGUUGAUGAGUUGAUAUCAAUUCUCAGUUUGGUCUGACGGGGCAGUCGCUCAUGGCUUGACUGAGUAAUUUUACUGGUAGCAAAAUGAGUAGAUUGACUGUGUUUUCUACACCAAGUGAGAAUUCUAACUAGAUGACUGGAUUUCAUCCUCGAGGACAACAAGUCUGUUAGUAAUGCUUGGUUUUUAUUGCGAUAAACCUUAGACAACUUAUAGGCUUUCUUCGGCCUUUGAUUUUCUGAUUUGAAUGAGAAAAUGUUGAUUUAAAGUUUUGAAAAUAAGAACGAGUAUCAAGUUUAAAGACUCAAAAUUCUCGGUUUCAACGGAGUUGUACAGUUUGAACGUUUUGUACUGAACAUUGUAUAGAUCAUUGUAAUAGUACAACCUUCCAAUCUGGCCCCAAGGGCUAAAAAAUAAAAUUAAACUUUAGAUGAAUACUUCAUUGCUUGUAUUUACAACUAAAUGUAUUAUUAUUUCGUACAAAAAGGUGCAAAAAUGUAAAUAAAGAAAAGUAAACACCUUCUUUCUUCGAUACGUUAACUACUUCCAUUUGACGUUGGUACAGCUAUAUUGAUUCGAAGAAACGGUUAAUAGUAAAUGCGACACUGUAAUGGCUCGAAAUUGCUUUGUACUCACUUCACACCUCAAAUGUUAAAGACAAAUUCAUUUUUAAUUGUAAGAUAACGAUCAAAAAUACUUCUCACUUCAAAGUAUUGAGUGUAGAAAUUCUCUCUGACAUUCAUUAUAAAAAGUAAACACUUAAUAAGGAGAUAGUAUGCCAU